UUAAAAUUGGGAAGAGGGAGAAGAGAGGGAUGCGCGACUUUAAUUCGAGUUUGAAAUAUUAGAAUGUUCUUGCUAUCACUUAAGUUAUCUGCACGGAAAUAGAGAUCAAGGUGAUACCUGUACCUGAGAGGAGUUAUUCAUAUAUGACGCAUGCGUGAUGUCCGUCACGCAUUCAGUCGAGCGAAGGACCCGAGCUACACGAUCUCGCCAUGUGCUUCUCCUACCAGCUUAACUCCUAUAGGGACCACAGAUAGAUUCUUUUUCCCUGAUCGAAACGGAUCGUUGAAUGGAUUCUCUUUAUCCUCAAUUUGUCGAAUCUGCAAACAGACCGACCAUGGCAACCCCGGAAACGAGAAGAAGAUCGCACGAUCAGUUGUUGAUUCCCUCAACUGUCGAGAAAUCCGAUCAGAUUAUGGUGGAAGUAACAUAUCAGGGUCCAAAAACGCCUACUAAAUCUCGAUUACAUUCGGUACGUUCUAAGAAUGCCAAUGGAAAUCAAGAUGCUCCCAGUGGAUCCCUCGAAAACGAGAGAAUACUAAUGAAGAACGUCGUCAUAAUGGGAAUCACAUUUGCCUUAGUAUACAGCUCUUUCAAUGCCCUGCAGGGACUUCAGAGUUCUCUGUUCACAGAAACGGGAUUGGGUUUGAAAGCGUUGAGUUUGGUAUACGGUUUUGGGGUCCUCUCGUGCUUCUACGGUUCCACCAUAGUGCAUAAACUCUCCACAAACUGGACCAUGUCGGCUAGCUUUUUAAGCUUCAGUAUAUUUGUAGCUUCUUACUUUUAUCCACGACCCUGUACAGUUUUGCCAGCGGCAUUGAUUUUGGGUUUGAGUUUGGGCCCUCUGUGCUGUGCCAAAACAACUUAUCUCAAUCAGAUAAUCUCGAAACUCACCUGUUUGACUCAAAAUAUACGUGACAAAUUACAACAACGAUAUCUAAGAGUUUUCCAUUUGUUUUCUAAUUCAGGAGCCAUUUUUGGAAACUUAAUAACUGCUCUGAUACUCCAUUACAGUGGAGAUAUUUACAUAUUUACGGGGAGAGUAAAGUUGUCCAAUGCUUUGUUAACAAAUCCCAAAAUUUCGGCAGCGGACGUAUUAUCUACACCCGGUUUGUGCCACUUAGAUCAAUGUGAUUCCGGUCACGUGUUUAAAAAUGGCAGCAUCAUUUAUUUUGUAUUGCCUCCGUCUGUAUCCUUGGCACUUAUUGGAAUCUAUUUAGGAGUAAUCUUCUUCGGAUUGGUUGGAAUAACCUUGGCGUUGGAAAAAUUCGAUGUUUUAAUUCCUCAGGAUCCUAUGGAGAGACCUUUAUAUCUUCAAUCUGCAAGAAGUAUCGGGUUACUGUGUCGUGAGCCGAGGCAACAACUCCUGAUUCCAAUGGUACUAUUCAUAGGUCUGGAACAAGGAUUUAUGUAUGCGGACUUCACAAAAUCCUACGUCAGCUGCACUCUGGGCCUAGAAGCUAUCGGUUAUACGAUGAUGUGUAUGGGAGCCAUGAAUACAUUGGGGGCCUUAUUAGUCCACCACUUCACUAAACACAUCAAGAGACCUUUAAUUAUGGCUGCGGGUUUAACAUUCCACGUCGGAUUAUUAAUGGUAUUAUGGUUAUGGAGACCGAUGAUCGAUGACGUGGCAGUCUUCUACGUCAUAGCUGCGGGUUGGGGUCUUUGCCAUUCCAUAUGGGAGACGUUAUCUUUAACUUACGUCAUAAUCAGCUACACCGUCGAUUGGCAAAUACCAUACAUCGCUUACUUUAUGUAUCAGGGUCUAGGUCUAACUAUGGCCUAUACUUUUGCCUUUUAUUUAUGUACCGAAGUCAAAAUAUAUAUAUUAGCAGCAGCCUUAUUCGUCGCCAUUUUGCCCUAUUCUAUAUUAGAAUUUCGUCUACAUCAUCAACAGAAAAUACAACAGCGAACAUCUAUCUUGUGAUCAUUCAUAAAACGAAAAGUAACCGAAAAAAAAUUAUUUUAAAUAACAUCGAAAAAAAAAUCCGAAAUCAAAAAAAUAUUUUCCAUUGUUUUUUUAGUGGUAUGAAAGAAAUAAUUGUGUAAAGAUUCUAUGUAUAUUUUAUAGUCAUUAAUUAAUAGAGAAGUAUAGGCAACAUAAUAUAUAUUAUAUAUAAAUACAGUCAAACCUCGAUUUAACGUCGUCGUUUGUUCUCUUCCCAGUGUGGCGCGGCGCUAAACCGAGGAAUCUCGUAACAACGAGAAUUAUACGGUGGAUUCUCGAUACUCGAUGCAGCGAAUGAUUUAACUCGAUAGGUGUUGAGAAUUCACUAUAUGGAGUGUCUAGUGUACGGUAAUUAUGCCCACAAACGAGCUUAAGUCAAUCGCAAUGCGUUUAGUAAUCGUGAAAGGGUGCGAAGAAGAUUCAUUUACAAGUACGUUGGCGCUAUGUCGAGUUUGACUAUAUAUAUUAGAUAAAUUGUUGCUUUUGUGAUCCAGAGUUUAUCGAAUAUCAUAUUAGAAAUUGUUAUCCUUCGUCUCGUCUUUUUAUUAUAUAAGAUCUAACGAGGUAUUGUAUAGAAA